AUGGCUACGAUUCCUCACAUUUCUCUCGACGCUCCAAGAGCACAGAUUGUCAAGGAUUUACGACAAGCAUCUCUCUCUAGCGGCUUCUUCCAGCUCGUCGACCUCGGAGCACAUGUUCCUCGCGAAAUCAUUCUCCAAAUGUUCGAACAGACGAGACUAUUCUUUGACUUGCCACAAGAAGAAAAGGAAAAGGUCACAAAGCAAAGCCACCUCGUUGGAGGAUACGAAGGUUGGAGGUUCUACGACUUGAACAAGACGGGAGAUGGUGGAAAGCUCGAUAACAAAGCAGAGGAUGAUGAAGGCGGAUGGAACGAAGGCUUUGCCAUCGCCCCCGAGUGGGGGACAAACUGCUUCCCGCAACAAUGCGCAUCAUCAUCAUCUUCACAAUUCAAUGCUCAUCAGUUUGAAGUCGUAUGCAAGGCAUACUUUCACGCCAUCCAAGAGCUGGGCAGGCAUGUCCUCGGCAUGAUUGCAGAGGGAUUGGGGAUGGAGAGUGACUUCUUCGAGGGAUAUCUUCACGAACAAAACUCAUUUUGCCGGCUGACUCACUACUAUCGGGCGGAGGAUCCAAAUGCGCCACGGAGAGUUGCACUCGAGAUGGGUGCAGCCCCUCACACCGAUUGGGGUGCAUUGACAUUGCUAAUUCAGGAUGAAAUUGGUGGCCUUCAAGUCUUUGACCGGUCAACCGAGACGUGGCAUGAUGUUCCUCCUUUACCACUGGGCUCGGCCAUCGUCUGCAAUAUCGGCGAUCUCCUAGGACGCUGGACCAACGACUCGUAUAGAAGACGCGUUCUGCUCUGCCUGACGGUAGCCACCGGCGCCAUCUGGUUCACGAACCAUUUCGACGUCCAUCUCUCCAUUCAUCCCAAGCACAGCAAUCUUCCACGAGUUCCACCAUACUGCAAACCGCACCUACCAGGACCAUUGCUUCUCACGGAUCCACCAACACCAUCCAACCCAACAAUCAGGCGACUCGGCGCGGUAUUAGACCAUGUAUUCAGGCAGAGAGCUGCAAGGGAUGAUAUGGAUAGUCUGGUGGUUGGCGUCGUGGGCGUAAAUGGCUUGCUUUGGAGCAGAGGCUACGGCAGAUUAAAGGCAAAUGAUUCCGCGGACACGAGUGUGCCAAACGAGCACUCUAUAUAUAGAGUUGCAUCUGUAUCAAAGCUGUUUGCGACACUGGAAACGUUUAUACUUCGGGACCGUGGCCAUUUACAUUGGGAUGACCCUGUGACGCGAUUCUAUCCUAAUUUUACUCGUGGUGCACAUGGUUGGCAUCAACGAUUACUUGGCUCUGCCUCUGAGGACCAGGAACCUAUAACCCUCCGGCACUUGGCUUCACACAUGUCCGGUAUAGGACGUGAUUAUCCUCCUGAAAAUUUGGACAGCUGGCCAGAUAUGGAUGUCCCAAUGGGCUUACUAUCGCCAAGCGGAGCGUACCCUCAAAAGGACGAAAUAUUCAAAGCAAUCUCAGAAUAUCCACUUGUUUCUCCGCCAAACACCUUUCCAGUUUACUCUAAUACGGGCUUUUCCCUCCUUGGAUGGUGCAUCACGGUUGCGGAUCAGCAACAGUCAGGUACUGAGAUUAGCUACGCGGAUCUAAUCAAAAGGGAUAUAUUCGAACCGCUGGGGAUGAACGGGAGCUCUUUCCUGUUGACAAAGGACAAAUACGCCAAUAUGGCACUUCCGCAGAUACCAGACGAAGCGGAAUACGACAUGACCGAAGCCCACAACUCUGCCGGUGGUCAAUUCUCGUCUGUUUCCGACCUUGCAAAGACGGUUCAGGUUCUGCUGAAUCCUAGACACUUCAGGGCGCUUCUGUCGUCAUACUCCAUUCGAGAAUGGUUCAGACCACUCCACAUUUUCCCAGACCGUCUUACCCAAGCAGGUCUUGUCUGGGAAAUCUUGGAGACAGAAGACACACGUGGCCGAACUCAGCAUUACUAUUCCAAGUCGGGAAAUCUACAAUAUUAUCACUCUGAAGUCUCCAUCAACCGCGAACUAGGAUUUGGAGUCAUCGUGCUCAUGGCCGGAGUCUAUGCCGACGCAAGUUGGUUCUCAAAGAGGAUGAUCAACACAUUUCAGCCCGCUUUCGAGGGCCUCCUCGCUCAUCAGACUGUGAAGCGGUACGCAGGAACGUGGAAGAGUGAGGGAGAAAACGAGAUCGUUGUGCAAGUCAAGGCGGGAGUUCUAUGGAUUACAAAGGCCGUUAUCAACGGGUUUGACAUGCUCAAGGUGUAUACAGGUAAUAUUCCAGCUGCACUGUGGUCGACAGGACGAUUGGACGAGUUCAGAAUCGCCAUAGGUCGAGCAGCCCUCAAUCUCGAUCCCUCCAUGGGGUGCUUGCCAUAUUGGGUCACCUUUGAUCCAUUCAACUCGCGGGAUGCGCCAGUUGAUCUGAUACUUUUCGAAAACCAGGACGAAAAUUGGGUACUACGUUACCCAUCCACCAUGUCCUACGCUCCAGCCGACGCCACUGCAAAAGGACGAGUGCUCCUUGCCUACUCUGGAGGUCUUGAUACGUCGUGCAUCCUCGCUUGGCUCAUUGAGCAAGGCUACGAGGUCUAUACCUUCAUGGCCGAUGUUGGCCAGGAGGAGGAUUUCGCAGCAGCUGAAGCAAAGGCUCUCAAAGUCGGAGCCAAAAAAUUCUUCAAGAGCGAUCUUCGAAAGGAAUUUAUCACCGAACUCAUCUAUCCAGCAAUCCAAGCUAACUGCAUCUACGAAAAUGUCUACCUUCUCGGAACAUCUCUCGCUCGUCCCGUUAUUGCACGUGGAAUGAUGGAGGUUGCGGAGCGGGAGGGUUGCGAUUAUGUCUCGCAUGGAUGCACUGGAAAGGGCAACGACCAAGUUCGAUUCGAGCUCGCAUUCUAUGGCCUAAAGUCAGACAUCAAAAAUUCUACAACCGCUUCGCCGGUCGUGGCACUCCUCCAAUAUGCGGCCGAGAAGAACAUCCCUGUGGCACAGACUGCCGCCAAACCAUGGUCGACAGACGAAAACUUGUUCCACAUCUCCUAUGAAGCCGGAAUUCUUGAAGAUCCUGCGACAUGUCCUCCUGCUGAUAUGUGGAAGCUCACGGCCAACCCCGAGGACGCACCCACAGAGCCAGACAGGAUCACUAUCGAAUUCAAGACAGGUCUCCCCGUAAAAGUCGUCGUCAAGUCCCAACAAGACAAGACCUACACCGACUCAGUCGAAAUCUUCCUGGCACUCAACGCACUUGCUCGCAAACACGGCAUCGGCAGGAUCGACAUUGUCGAGAAUAGAUUCAUUGGUGUCAAGUCUCGCGGGUGCUACGAAAGCCCUGGCGCAACCGUCCUUCGUGCCGCCCAUAUCGAUUUGGAAGGUUUGACGUUGGAUCGCAAUGUUCGUGCGUUGAGGGACCAAUUCCUCACCGUCGAGCUGUCACGAAUUUUCUAUAAUGGAUACUUCUUCUCCCCCGAGCGCGAAUUCCUUACUGCCGCGAUCCCAGCGUCGCAGAGAACAGUUAAUGGAACCGUCGCCUUGAAGCUUUACAAGGGAAAUACCAUCAUCGAAGGUCGUUGGUCAGAGGAAGGCCUGUAUGACGAACAGCAGAGCUCGAUGGACGAACUCGGCGGCUUCGAACCGAGCGACACAACAGGUUUCAUCGCCAUCGAGUCGAUCAGAAUCAAAAAAUGGUGCCAAGCCAAUGUCCGCAAAGGACAGGCUGGGGUCAAACCAGAGGAUGUGUAUGGUGCUCGCAUCUGA